UCCAAUCAGGCCCCUGGGACGGGACGUCUCCGUCCUAGCCGUGAGUGCCCCGCCUGCCUCUAGCGGUACCCGGCGACCCGGUUCCUGUCGCGCUCACCUGCGCCGGUAGCGGAGAAAUCGCCCCGGGACAUGGACUCAGUGGUCUUUGAGGAUGUGGCUGUGGACUUCACCCUGGAGGAGUGGGCUUUGCUGGAUUCUGCUCAGAGGGACCUCUACAGAGAUGUGAUGCUGGAGACCUUUCAGAACCUGGCCUCAGUAGAUGAUGAAACUCAAUUUAAGGCCAGUGGGUCAGUUUCUCAGCAGGAUAUUUAUGGAGAAAAAAUACCCAAGGAAUCUAAAAUAGCCACAUUCACCAGAAAUGUUUCCUGGGCCUCUGUUUUAGGAAAAAUUUGGGACAGUCUUAGCAUUGAAGAUCAUCCCACAAACCAGGGGAGAAAUCUCAGAAAUCAUGUGUUGGAGAGACUCUGUGAAAGUAAUGAUCAAUGUGGACGAGCCUUCAGCGAGAUUCCACAUCUUAAUCUGUACAAGAAAAUUCCGCCUGGAGUAAAACAGUAUGAAUACAACAUGUACGGAAAAGUCUUCAUGCAUCGCCGUGCAUCCCUCAAGAGUCCCAUCACAGUUCACACUGGACACAAACCGUAUCAGUGCCAGGAAUGUGGGCAGGCCUACAGUUGUCAUUCACACCUAAGAAUGCAUGUGAGAACCCACAAUGGAGAGAGACCCUAUGUGUGUAAAUUAUGUGGGAAAACCUUUCCUCGUACUUCCUCCCUCAAUCGGCACGUAAGGAUUCACACUGCUGAGAAAACCUACGAAUGUAAGCAAUGUGGGAAAGCCUUUAUUGACUUCUCAAGUCUUACUAGUCAUCUCAGAAGUCACACCGGAGAGAAGCCAUAUAAGUGUAAGGAAUGUGGGAAAGCUUUCAGUUAUUCCUCAACGUUUCGAAGACACACAAUAACACACACCGGCGAGAAGCCAUAUAAAUGUAAGGAAUGUGGGGAAGCCUUUAGUUAUUCCUCAACGUUUCGAAGACAUAUGAUUUCACACACUGGAGAGAAGCCACAUAAAUGUAAAGAAUGUGGGGAAGCCUUCAGUUAUUCUUCGGCUUUUCGAAGACAUAUGAUAACACACACUGGAGAGAAACCCUACGAAUGCAAACAAUGUGGGAAAACCUUCAUUUAUCUCCAGUCCUUUCGAAGACAUGAAAGGAUUCACACUGGAGAGAAACCCUACGAAUGCAAACAGUGUGGGAAAACCUUCAUUUAUCCCCAGUCCUUUCGAAGACAUGAAAGGACUCAUGGUGGAGAGAAACCCUAUGAAUGCAACCAGUGCGGGAAAGCAUUCAGUCACCCCUCCUCCUUUCGAGGACACAUGAGGGUGCACACUGGAGAGAAACCCUAUGAGUGCCAGCAAUGUGGGAAAACUUUCAAUUGGCCCAUAUCUUUACGAAAACAUAUGAGAACACACACUAGAGAGAAACCCUAUGAAUGUAAACAGUGUGGGAAAGCCUUCAGCUUGUCCGCUUGCUUUCGAGAACAUGUGAGAAUGCACCCUGAAGACAAAUCCUAUGAAUGCAAGCUAUGUGGGAAAGCUUUCUAUUGCCACAUAUCCUUACAAAAACAUAUGAGAAGGCAUACCGCAGAGAAACUCUACGAAUGCAAGCAGUGUGGGAAAGCUUUCAGUUGGCCUGAACUUUUGCAACAACACGUGAGAACGCACACUGUAGAGAAGCCCUAUGAAUGUAAGGAAUGUGGGAAGGUCUUCAAAUGGCCAUCGUCUUUACCAAUACAUAUGAGACUGCACACUGGAGAGAAACCUUAUCAAUGUAAGCAUUGUGGGAAAGCAUUCAAUUGUUCCUCAUCCUUAAGGCGACAUGUGAGAAUACACACUACAGAAAAACGGUAUAAGUGUAAUGUAGGACAUCCUCCUGCAAAUGAAUUCAUGUGCAGUGCUUCAGAAAAGUCACACCAGGAGAGAGAUCUGAUCAAAGUUGUAAAUAUGGUGUUGCCUUUAUGAGUUACUUAUCCUGAAAGUGGACACUUAAGGAGUGUGUCUGUAGUUCAUUUGCAAAUAAACAUUUAGGUGAAAAAUAAUUCUCCAAGUACUCUUAGCUAUCCUACAUGAAUUUUAACAGGUAGUUUCUUACAAUUCAGUAAAUAAAACUUUCAUCUUAGAGUGUUUUGGACUCAUGGAUGAUUUGAAGUGUAUUUUUAAUAUGCAACUAGGUUCAAG